UGACGGAUCAUGAUUUGAUAUUUAUGAUAAGUUAUUAUAUACUCUUUGAUUUGAAGUGGAUCCCAGCCAAAUGUGUUAUUUUUGUGAUGAUUGUUCGUUUUAUUUUUAAGAAUGCCAAUUCAGGCUCCGCAAUGGACGGACUACCUCAGCUGUCCAGUGUGCUGCCGAGAGUUUGGUCUUCCUCCCCGGAGCCCCAUUAGCUUAGGAUGUGGUCAUACACUCUGCAAACAAUGCCUCAAAAAUUUACACAGAAAACAAUGCCCUUUCGAUCAGACCGUAAUCCAAACAGAUUUGGAGGAGUUGGUGGUAAAUACAGCGCUGCUUCAGCUCGCCGGGUACCGGCCGCCAGCGGUACCCUACCAUCCGCCGUGCAUCCAGGCCCUGCCGGAGCACGAGAGGAGGGCAUACGACUCUAUAGUACGCUGCUUAGAACAUCUCGCACUCUACCUCUAUUGUAGUAGUGGCAACAAUGGUAUGACCGGUACAAGAUUAUCAAGGCCCAUGCAGCGUAAGCUGGUGACCCUGUUGCAAUGUGCAAUGACUGAUGAAGAAGGCAGGGGGCGAGCGGCGCGCGCUGCCAGAUCCUUAGGCGAGAGAACUGUGACUGAACUAAUAUUACAACAUCAAAAUUCCCAACAACUAAGUGCAAAUUUAUGGGCGGCUGUGAGAGCUCGUGGCUGUCAGUUCCUUGGACCUGCAAUGCAAGAGGAGGUCCUCAAAUUAGUAUUGUUAGCCUUAGAAGAUGGUUCAGCGUUAUCUCGAAAGGUUUUAGUGAUGUUCGUAGUCCAAAGAUUAGAACCUCAUUUCCCUCAAGCUUCCAAGACUAGUAUAGGUCAUGUUGUCCAACUACUCUACAGGGCUUCCUGCUUUAAGGUAUCAAAACGUGAAUGUGAUUCAUCGUUGAUGCAAUUAAAGGAAGAAUUUCGAACUUACGAGACAUUACGUCGCGAACAUGAUGCUCAAAUUGUUCAGAUAGCAACGGAAGCCGGUUUGAGGAUAGCACCUGACCAAUGGAGCGCUCUCCUAUAUGGUGAUACGGGGCACAAGAGUCACAUGCAAAGUAUCAUAGACAAACUACAAACACCACAGUCGUUUGCACAAUCUGUACAAGAAUUGUACAUAGCGUUGCAAAGGACAGGAGAUAUAGCACAACUGGUUGCUAUGAGCCGGCAUCUCAAUUAUCUUGCUAACAUUGAUGUAAGCCCAGAAACAAAGAGCCCUUCAUGGACACAAUUAUCAGAAAUAAUAGCCUCGAUAAAAGAAGUGAUAUCCUGUCUGCAUUUUUGCCACCAUAUAACUAUUAGAGAUGGCAAUUGUGCUCUCAGACACAAUGGAAUAGAUCAAUCGGGCAGGGGUAUUAAUAAUAAAAUAAGUUACAAAAUGCUGACCUGCAGCGAUUCAGCUACUAGAGAGUUUUGUCCGAGACGAAACUUGUGUCCUUAUUUACACAUUGAAGAUGAAUUUGAAAGGAGUGAAGGAAACCAAGGAUUAGUCAAUAACGACGGGGCAAAUAACCACACUGUACCGUUGGCAAUUCGGAUGCCAGCUCCAAUUCCAAUAGCGGCAAUGCCACAGCGGCAAAUGACACCACAGUUUGUGCAACCGAUACCACUUCCGUUACCGUCGCACGUGCCACUGACACCCAUGCAACUGCCGGCAGGUGUGCCAUUGCACCCCCACGUACCCUUGCCAGGACAUAUGUACGCGCAAUACCCUGUUGCGCCAACCGUACCGCACACAUAUAACUGUGUACGGCCAGUUUCUGCCGUUCCCUUGAUGCAGCCAAAUGGUGCUGUGAUGCAGAACCCGACCGGACCUAUGUGGUUUAAUCCUUUUUAUGCGGGUUAUUACCCACAACCGGACGGGAAUUGCUAUCCCGCUCCAGAGUUUGUGCCGGGGGGCGUUAUGGUGCCGCCUGGUGGAUAUCAAAACGUCGAAGCACCGCAGCCAUCGGCUGGGGGAAAUGCUUUUGUCCCUCAGCAGUAUGAUCCAGCAAGAACUAGUCCAUACAGUAUUGAUGGUGGUCAAAUGGAGUGCUCACCGGAUUAUAAUGUUAAUCCGUUUAGCUUUCACCAAAAUAAUGUGAAUCAAGUCCAAUCCACGUGGUCACAGCCUAACAACGUGUAUAAUUUUGCUGAUGUGAGAAAUGCACUUGAUGCACUAAGUGCGGUGGACGAGAUCUUCGCUGGUCCUCCAACAUCAGCGACAACAAAUAACUUGGUUACUACGCCCCACAUUGCAGCUGACCUCGACGGCUCUGAUGAUCAAGAGUUAGAAGAGGAAAUGCAAGCGUUAGAGAUACGUAUCGGUGCCGUUUUGAAAAGCGCCGAAUAGAUGCUUUAAAAUAUAAUAUUUACAGCGUGCCCGGAGAUUGCUCGCACAAUCUUUGUUAAAAACGUCCUUUGCAUAUGUUUUAUACAAGUAUUUCGACAGUGGACAUAUUGAUAUUUAAUU